GUCAUCCAAACACAGCCCCAGCCUCGUGCCACGUUGGUUCAUUCUCCGUCUCCAGUCUUGUCUAGACCUGCAAGUCACCCCGACUCCGAGCAGAAGACAGGCAGUCGUCUCUCCUCCCUCUCACACCAGGGUAUCUCCAUACCUGUCCGACGCAGAAUGCCCCGUCACGGAUAGAAAAGACAAGAGAAGACAAAUCACACGCUUCCUAACCGAAUCACAGAGAGGACGCGCCAUCUGAGGCGUCAGCCUCUAUCGUUCCCUUCCUAACCCUCCGUUUCAUCCAACACUUGCCACUAGCCUACCGAUGACCGCUUUGCCACUUUUCAUACAAUACAAAUUCCACUCCUGCCCGCUGCAGACACGCAUGACAAGGUCUUUCUCUGGCCCCUCCACUCUUCUUGCAUGACACCCUUGUACCGACUUCUGAAACACACUUGAGAUCGGGCCCGCUAGCAUUAAACCUCGAUUGGCAGCUCUUUCCAGACGUGUUCACAAGUGCCACAGUCUACGACCUGUGUGCAACUGGCUGGACCUUCAAGGUUGAGCAGACACAUACACUUUGCUGUUGCCCUACAAUACUUUACAGUUCCCGAGCCGGUCGAAGCUAAGCCAAGAUGAAGCGGCUCAUGAAAAGCAUAAACAAAAAGGGCUCAAGUCCUGAUCGAGGUAGCAAUGGCCCCGUUGUGUUGCCGCAAGGUGAUGCUCCCGAGGCUGUUGUCGUGCGCGAGGUGACCGCCUUCUGUGAAUCGGGCGCCCCAAAUGCGCCAGGAGCUGGGGAUGAGUACCUUCAUCUACCUGCGAUCGUCGACGCCGCCGAAUCCAGUCCUGUCGCCGCCAAGGAGGCCGCUCUGACCAUUCGACGCUACCUCUCCAAAGAACACUAUUCCCGAGGGUUUGCACAAUACAAUGCCGUUAUGCUCACGCGAAUCCUGACCGACAACCCUGCGUACCUCUUUACACAAAACUUUGAUGCUAAAUUUGUCGCCACGGUCAAGGAGCUGCUGCGUGAAGGGCGAGAUGCCAAUGUGCAACAGAUUAUGCGCGAAACUCUCGACUACUUUGAAGCGGAGAAGCUGCCGGGCAACGAUACGCUGAACCCCAUAAUUGAAAUGUGGAGGAAGGAAAAGGGCAAACGAAACACUAUCCGACACUCGGUAGGUUGGGGCUCUAUAGAAGCCGUUGGAUCUGAUCAUCAGACUGAACAUGGCCAACAGCAACAUCGCGUUCCUCCACCAUUUUCCGGCGCACGACAGCCAUCCUCUCGUAGACGAGACACACUCCCCCCUCCCGAGGAACUUGUGUCAAGGAUAGAAGAAGCCAAGACGACAGCUCGACUUCUUGUUCAGACGGUUCAAUCAACCUCCCAAUCCGAGCUCUUGGCCAACGACCUGGUCAAGGAGUUUGCCGAUCGUGCUCGAACCGCACAGAGGAGCAUCCAGGGCUAUCUCAAUGCCCAGAACCCGGCGCCGGACCCAGAUACUAUGCUCACCCUGAUCGAGACCAAUGAUCUUUUGAACAUCGCCAUGUCCAAGCACCAAAGAGCUAUCUUGCAGGCACGCAAAUCUGCUGGUCUAGGUACUCCUAGCCCGCAAGUGGAGAUUUCUACCAAUCCGCUAGGACCACCAGCACCACAGCCAGGAUCAAACUUCUACAGCAAUCCAACAUCGCCGCCGAACGAACCUCUUUCAACAUCUCCUCCUCGGAAUGAAAGCGCACUUCCUCGACCACUCAGUCCGGUGCGGAAUGAUCAACAACAGUAUGCCCCACCUCCUGGUCCACCGCCAGGCGCACAAGGCGCCGUUAGAAGUCAUCUGCCACCGCAUUCUCCCAGCAGCAGUUUUGAUUACGCGAGUGCCUAUGCAGCGCCGUCGGGACCACCACCGCGGAGUUAUGAGGCGCCGUCGCAGACACCUGCUGUACCGGAACGUCCACAGCCACCCUCUCAAAGCUAUGCUCCACCUCCCGUGGCGGCAACGACAGCGUACGGAGUGUCAGAAAACCCCUUUGACGAUGAUGCCUACGGAGAAAACCCCAGUGCCUCGCAGAGGUCGCAUGGACUGUUUGGGCAAAGCCAAGGUGCAUCGUCAUCCCCAACAGACCAGCAGAGGCCUGGACCGGGAGUAUACACUUCCAACACCUAUCAACCUACCCCAAGUUACGUCCAACGUCAAGAUUCGGCUGCUGCACACAUCACGGUCCAUGGGGCAAGUCCUCCUCCCAACCAAACAGAACGAGAUCCUGUGAGUCCCAUCCAGGACGACGGACCGGAUGGGGCGGGCAAAAAAUUCAACGACCUAAGAAUUUGAGCGAGUAUUGAAGACCAGCAUGCAUGCAAUUCAUGAGCGUCAUCGAAGACAAUUGAAAAAUCAUAUUUUAGCGGAGCAGUCAAUGACCACAAACAAUAAAGAUGAUUCAUAAACAACAUGUGACUAUAGCAUAUACCCUUGUCAC